AUGGCUCAACGUGUCACAUAUAGAAGAAGAAACCCAUGUAUGUUUUAAACAAGCGAAUCUAAUAUAUAGGAGACCCCCAUGAUUGCAGAAGAUAGAAGGAGAUUUUGAGAUGUUGAAGAUUGGACAAGUGAUGGAGAAGACACAUGUCAAGAGACAAGGGAGGCAACACACAAGUGUUCAAUGAGUAAAAGACUUUUGCGUACUACACCACGAUCACGAUCUGAACAAAAUAGUACACUAGAACUCAAAAAAUUUGAUUUAGCAAAACUCCCCUCGACUUUAAAAAAAACCCUAUUUUUGGUAUCAUUCCAUUGACAGUUCAAACUCAGCAACUUGGAAAGCAGUGUUGUGAGAAUUUUCACUCGUUGCUUCCAUUCACUCAUUCAAAAACAAAAAGACUUUUUAAUCAUCAUCUUGUGUCAUCCGAUGCAUGGAAGGGGAUCCACAUGUUUUCGACUUGGAAACGAGCAUAAUAUACUAACAACCCGAUUUUUAUAGACAACACCAGAUCAAACAAGAUCAAGGUCGUCAAGACCCCAGGUGGAAAAUUAGUUGCUCAACACGUCAAGAAGGCUGCUUCAAGAGUCAAAUGUGGUGACUGUGGGUCAGCUUUGGCUGGUAUCUCCACUUUGAGACCAAGAGAAUUUGCUCAAGUUUCAAAAACACACAAGACUGUGCAGAGAGCUUACGGUGGCUCAAGAUGCGCCAACUGUGUCAAGGACAGAAUCGUCAGAGCUUUCUUGAUUGAAGAACAAAAGAUUGUCAAGAGAGUGGUGAAGGAAAAGCAAGAAAAAGAGAAGAAGGCUUCUACCAAGAAAGUUUCUAAAAAGUAA